CCAUGCGGCGCUGAGGCGGCGGCGGCGGCGGCAGCGGGGCGACCCCGGGGCGGCGGGGCGCGCUUCGCCAUGGAGGGCAUGGACGUGGAUUUGGACGCGGAGCUGAUGCAGAAGUUCAGCUGUUUGGGUACUACCGACAAGGACGUGCUGAUCGGCGAGUUCCAGAGGCUCCUCGGUUUCCAGCUUAGCCCGGCCGGCUGCGCUUUCUUCCUCGACAUGACCAACUGGAAUCUACAAGCAGCCAUUGGAGCCUAUUAUGAUUUUGAGAGUCCAAACAUCAACGUACCCUCCAUGUCCUUUGUUGAAGAUGUCACCAUAGGUGAAGGAGAGUCCAUCCCUCCUGACACCCAGUUUACAAAAACAUGGAGGAUACAAAACACAGGGACAGAGGUCUGGCCUCCAGGAGUUUGUCUGAAGUACGUUGGGGGGGACCAGUUUGGCCACGUAAACAUGGUCAUGGUCAGGUCCCUGGAGCCCCAGGAGAUUGCAGAUGUCAGCGUUCAGAUGUGCAGCCCCAGCACAGCAGGAAUGUAUCAGGGACAGUGGCGAAUGUGCACUGCCACAGGACUGUAUUAUGGAGAUGUCAUCUGGGUGAUCCUCAGUGUGGAAGUGGGAGGACUUCUAGGAGUAACACAGCAGCUGUCAUCCUUUGAAACGGAGUUCAACACGCAACCGCACCGCAAGGUAGAAGGAAACUUUAACCCGUUCGCCUCUCCACAGAAGAACAGGCAACCAGAUGAAAACAACCUAAAAGACCCUGGGGGUUCUGAGCUAGGCACAAUCAGCAAAAACACGUGGGGGCCUGCUCCUGACCAAAUUGAACAAGAUCAGAAUGGACUGUCACAAAACUCUGUAAAUCUCUCCCCCAGCAGUCACUCGAACAACUUGUCGGUAGUGACAUACAGUAAGGGUUUCCACGGUCCUUAUCCCUUCGGACAGUCUUAAAACACACACACACAAAAACGGGUAUCGGCAAGAGGAGAAUUUAACAGAGAACUGACUUGUGGGGGAAGGGAGAGGGGGAUUCAUGUGGCAAACAGACGCGGCGUGGAGCCCCCUUCUCUGCCUCCAUGUUCUGGAUAAAGAAGACAAAAAAAAAAGCCCAAUAACUUAAGACUGUUUCCGGAGGAAAGAUCUCAGUAUGCAUGUGUGAAUGCUGAAUUUCAGGAGUGCUGUUUAAUGCUAUGAGAAGGAAACUAUACCAACACCGUGAUUUUUUUUUUAUUUUUCUUUUUAGAAGUCAUUCUCACACAGGAUAAUUAGGUAGCUUGAGAAGUUUAAGAGAGAAAAUGAAAUGAAAAAGCCAUCUUUUUAAGCAAUUUUGCCUACGGAGCGGUUGUAGUUUGAGCAAAUGUUUAAUUUGUUUCUCUCCUGUUUUUUAAAUAAGGGACAGCGUGCAUUUGUGUGGAACUGUCAUGUUUUGCUUGUUACCCGAUGGACGUUUGCUUGGCAUCUUCUGGGGGUUUGUGCAGUGACUUCUUUGUGUUGGAUGCGUUUGAAUGGCGGGUUGGGUCUGUACCCAGCUCAGCGUUUUUAAUUUCACUUCUGAUUUUAUUUACCCACUUCUUAAUUCUUUUUGUGUCGUCAUUUGUUUCCUUUUGGUUCGAGUGUUGCUGUCAGUUGCCCUGCUGAGGACCAGGUCUCAGCAUCACAGUUGAAGAGAGGGACUGUGGGACUGGGGUAGGAUAAAGGAGGGCUCAUUUCCCUUCCUCUUGCACAUGAAGUGCUCGUAUACACAACCCUAUGAAUAAGAAACAGACCUAUUAAAGUUCCAGAGCUGUCCUA